CUCAUCCGAGGCCGGAAUAUGAGCGCAAGGUAGUCCCCAAAGCAGUUGCAGGCCGUGGCAGGCCGUGGCCUCAACCCUCCCUUUAGUCUUCCUGCCAUGGAAGUCUCCAGUUUAGGUAAAUAAAGGCUCGUGUGAAAAAAAAGAACUACCAAUUCCAGCAUGCAUUGCGGGACGAAAGGCCUUCUGCACAGCCUCUCUUGGAAACUGUAGUCUUAAGGAAAAGGAGCCUCCAGCGCCGGAAGCAGGCACGAUUACCAUAGCAACCCAGUUAACACAGCGGAGUCCUUCUCGCGGGUACGCGGGAGAGCUGCUAUGCGUCGCAGCGUCCUGUUUUCAUGUCUUGCUCCCAGAGACUAGACUAAAAAGAAGCUGCAAGUCCCAGGAAGACUACAAUUCCCAUCCGGCCCCGCGACUCUCGGGUGCCGCGUCCUGCAAGGCUGGCCUAGAACUCUUGGAUUCCAACUAUAUCAUCUUGCUUCAACUUGCUGAGUAACUGGGACUACAGCCCCACCUCACAGCAUGGAACCACAGGUUACUCUAAAUGUGACUUUUAAAAAUGAAACUCAAAGCUUUCUGGUUUCGGAUCCAGCAAAUACAACUUGGGCUGAUGUUGAAGCUAUGGUAAAAGUUUCAUUUGAUCUGAAUAAUAUUCAAAUAAAAUACCUGGAUGAGGAAAAUGAGGAGGUAUCCAUCAAUAGUCAAGGAGAAUAUGAAGAAGCACUUAAGAUGGCUAUCCUUAAGCAAGGAAACCUACUACAGAUGCAAGUCCAUGAAGGGCACCAUGUUGUAGACGAAGCAUUCCCUCAAAUUGUAGUAGAAAAGCAAGCGCCUGCCAGGAAAGGGAAGAAGCCGCUUGCACAUUAUUCUUCAGUGGUGAGAGUCUUGGGAUCAGAUGUGAAGACCGCAGAGGAGCCUGUGGCACAGCCAUGUCCACGUGCUCCUUGUGACACGGACCAGCCUCAUGACAAGCCCCCAGACUGGUUCACAAGCUACCUGGAAACGUUCAGAGAACAAGUGGUUAAGGAAACUGUUGAGAAGCUUGAACAGAGGUUGCGGGAGAAGCUGUUCCUCCAGAAGUCGGCCUCGGAAGUCUCGAUGCCUGUUUCAAAGGACCAGUUCAACUGGCAUCUUGCUUGCAAUCACUGCUACAGAAGGAUCAUAGGUGUGCGUUACCAGUGCAGCGUGUGCCCAGCCUACAACCUUUGUGAAGAUUGUGAAGGGGGGCCGUAUGCCCAUAGCCGUAGCCACGUCCUGCUAAAGUUUCGGAAACCUGUUGUGAUUCCCUCCGACCCAUUUUCCCACUUAAAGGGUCCUACUCCUCGUCUGCCUCCUGCUCUUGAACAAAUCAGGAUCCAGAAACAGGUGGAUAAGAACUUUGUGAAAGCAGAAAAGCAAAGGUUGCGUGCUGAGAAGAAACAGCGGAAAGCAGAGGUCAAGGAGCUUAAAAAGCAGCUUAAACUCCACAGGAAGAUUCAUUUGUGGAAUUCAAUCCAUGGACUCCAGAGUCCCAGGUCCCCUUUAGGCCGACCUGAGAGCUUGCUGCAGUCCAACGCCCUGAUGCUUCCUUUGCAGCCCUGUGCCCCAGUUAUGCCAACGCUCAGUGCAGCAUUUGUGGAUGAGAAUUUGCCUGACGGGACGCAUCUUCAGCCAGGAACCAAGUUUAUCAAACACUGGAGGAUGAAAAACACAGGAAAUGUGAAGUGGAGUGCAGACACAAAGCUCAAGUUCAUGUGGGGAAACUUGACAUUGGCUUCUGCAGAAAAGAAGGAUGUUGUGGUUCCCUGCUUGAAGGCUGGCCAUGUGGGAGUUGUGUCUGUGGAGUUCAUCGCUCCAACCUUAGAGGGAACAUACACUUCGCAUUGGCGUCUUUCGCACAAAGGCCAGCAGUUUGGGCCUCGGGUCUGGUGCAGUAUCAUAGUGGAUUCUUUCCCCUCUUCUGAUAGCCCUGAUAACGUGGAAAGGGGCAUGAUCACCUCAAGCAAAGCUGAUGAUCUCACCUGUGAGCAAGAGGAAGCUUUUCUUCUUGCUGAAGAAGAGAUUCCGUUGGCUGAAGUGAGGAAGCAGAUAGAAGGGACAGGAAACAGUAUCUCCCAGAAGACACAGAACGUCACCAAUGGGAGAGAACUGUACAUUCCGUCUGUGGACCUUCUGACUGCCCAGGACCUGCUGUCCUUUGAGCUGCUGGAUAUAAACAUUGUCCAAGAAUUGGAGAGAGUGCCCCACAACACCCCUGUGGAUAUGACUCCCUGCAUGUCUCCUCUGCCACAUGACAGUCCUUUAAUAGAGAAGCCAGGCUUGGGGCAGAUACAGGAAGAGAGUGAAGGGGCGGGAUUUAAAGCACUUCCUGAUUCCACUCUAUCAGCAAAGAGGAAGACUGAGGCCCCUGCUUCAGUGGAAGAAACAGAGGAAGACCUGAGUGGGACCCAGUUUGUGUGUGAGACUGUAAUCCGAUCCCUUACCUUGGAUGCGGCUCCAGACCACAACCCACCUUGUAGGCAGAGGUCCCUGCCAAGGGAAUUCCAGCUGCAGUCCACAGAGGAGCAGCAGCCAGCUGUGCCGCCUGGGUCCUGCAGGAAGGAUUCUUCCUUGAAAUUUGCCUUGCCUGAAGAAGGACCACUUGGAGAUGAGAGGGAAGAGAUUGUCCACAUUGCUGAGGAGGAAGAAGAGGAUCUCCAAGAUGAAGUUGAAAGUCAGUCUUCUGCUUCCUCUGAAGAUUAUAUCAUCAUCCUGCCUGAGUGCUUUGACACCAGCCGCCCCCUGGGGGACUCCAUGUACAGCUCUGCACUCUCACAGCCAGGCCUGGAGCGAGGGGCUGAAGGCCAACCUGGGAUCGAGGCUGGGCAGGAACCAGCUGAGGCCGGAGAAAGACUCCCUGAAGGGGAGAGCCAGCCACAGGAGCAGAGCAUCAGUGACAUCCUCACGACCUCACAGACGCUGGACACAGUGCCCCUCGUCCCCGAGGUGGUAGGACUGCCACCACCACUGUCCAGGAGCUCCCCUUGCGUACAGCACGGGUCCCCAGAAGUGGAUUCACCAAUUACCAUCCAAGAAGUUCCUUCAGUCCCUGACCAGGUCAGAGGAGAGCCCAGAGGCUCAUCGGGACUUGUCAACAGCAGACAGAAGAGCUGUGACCACUCAAGGCACCACAGUGGGAGCGGCAUUGCCGGAGGACUGGUGAAGGGGGCCUUGUCUGUUGCGGCCUCUGCGUACAAGGCCCUGUUUUCUGGGCCGCCAGUCACUGCACAGCCCAUCGUUUCUGAAGAUGAGACAGCAGCCUUGAUGGCCCAUCUCUUUGAAAUGGGAUUCUGUGACAGGCAGCUGAACCUAAGGCUGCUGAGAAAACACAAUUACAACAUCCUGCAGGUUGUGACAGAGCUCCUUCACAUCAACAACAAUGACUGGUACAGCCACCGCUACUGAGGACCCAUCUUGUAUUAAAUAACUGCCUGCUGCUCAGAGAUGACCUUAGUCUGUCAUUGAGGUGUGGCUGCAAGCCCUUGCUUGUUUUUAAUCUGAUGAAUCUAUAUCGAGUGUCACUGAAUUGUCAAAACAGUACCUGUUACAGUAUUUUUUGGAGCAAAUCAAAGACCAGAACUUAAAUUUUCAUUUUAGAAAUGGGAUAAGUAGUAGACAGACAGUUUUCAGCUGAUCUGGACAGAGCUCUCCGCUGUAGUGUGUGGAAGUGUGUUACUUGGACCUCUGUAGACCGCUUUCCUUUUGCUUGUACUGAAGUUGAGUAUUUUCCUUUGUUACAUGUGGAUGUUUUUGAUGGGCUGUUAAAUGUUAGUUUGGUUUUUGUUUUUUAAAGAUUAACCUUGAAUGUUUUCAAGAAUUAUUCUCCUAAUCUGUAACCAACUCCAAGCUUCCUAGCUAUGUGACAUUAAAGGACGGCAGAUCAAGAAAGGCAUUUCCCUGUAAGACUUAGUUAAAUAAGUAACCCUGUGCUUCAAGAGACCCCAGUGGUGCGGUUGAGUGUUCACCUGGCAGGACGGAAGGGCAUGCUAGUUAACCCACCAGCACCCAUUGAGCAGUGAUUGUUGAAGUUAUUUUGCAUAAAGUUUUAUUUAAGGAAAAAUCCUAGGUAGUGUGAAAUAUUUCACUAAUCGCAUGAAGAGGAAAACCCACCUGUUACAUAAAAGGAAAAGGUAAAUGUAACAGUCUUCUGUGACUGUCGGAGCAGAUCUUAAGAACAGUUACGUGCAAACAUUCUUCUCGGUAAGGUUUGGGUACCUGUGAGGGGACAAGGAAGUGCUGAUGACUUCUGAGCGUUUGUAAUCCUCUUCUGAGGUGUCCAGCCCAGAGAGGAGAACAGGAAGUGCUGGAUGGAGGCUAACCCACCAAAAGGUUAGUUUAACUCUAGGAUCAAUGAGAAGAAGCUUGCUUCCAGAAUUCUAGGUCUCAUUUAGUUUAUCAAAGGGAGCUUUGGGUACAGGAGGUGAAAGAAAAGGUAACAAAACACUAAAGAUUUUAUUCAUAAAAAGAGAAGGAAUCUGGACCCCAGCUCAAAGGGGAAAGAUAGUUAAAAUAGUAUUAUUUAACUUAGUUGGUAUUUAUAAUGGCGAUUUUAAUUACUCAUAAUCUGUUUAUUUACAGUCUAACUCUUGAAUGCUUCUAAAUAAACCACAAUUCAAACUGCAAGCCAACCAGGCCGUUUAUUAUUUAAAACGUUUUCAUGGGGUUUGGGGUAGAAAUGGAACCGCAUGGUGUGGGUAAUGAGGUGGAUUUGGAGUCGAACCUGUCUUGACCAUCUGGGUCCAGUCGUUCCUUCCGUUGUACUUGUACAUAACCGCUUAAAGAAUUAUGAAUAAAUGUCCUUUGAAACGCUUA